CACCGCCAGGAACAUGUAAUUCCAUUCGACAGCCAGGAAUAUAAGCCCUCAAUACUAGCUCGUCCUCGCUCCAACAAUGUGAUCAUGAGUGGAGGCAACACCAGCGCUCCUGUUGCCAGUACCUUUGCCUGGUUGGCUGACCUGCCUUCCUUACCAUCACGCUCCAAGGUAAGGUGUCUUGGACACAUCGUCGAAUAUGAUCUGAAAGGCAGCUGCGCCCUAUUAGAACAUACCUAUCCGACAUCUGCAGACAUCACACGCAUCUGGCUCGACGUCAACCUAGUGCUCGAAAGUACUGAUCGAUUAGUAUUGCAGCCAGGCAACUGGAUCAAUGUGAUCGGUUACGUUCAAAACCCUGCUCCUGCCCACUUGCAAAAGUCGAGCCUCGCUGUAAAAUCUACUGUCUCCACCACCUCUUUGCAAGCUAUCCUCGUCUGGGACGCUGGCUCUAUCCAUUUAGAGGAAUAUGAGAGGACCAUGGAAGAGCACAAACGUGUGCAGAGAGAGGUGAAGACUGUUCGUCGAGCACAGUGUUCCUGAUCGUCUUUCGCUUCGUGGCUGGGAAUGGUGCACUGGGUUACUCUGGCGGUUUGAGGGGAGGCCUAGUUUGUUGAUUCCAGUUCAUACUCCAGACUACCUUUUAUAUUAUCCCUCAUCGCAUUGUUGGACAGUGAUACAUUGCAAUAAUUUUGCACUAUGGC